UAAACAAAAACGUCAUAUCUGUAUUACAGCUUAUGUGACUGGUCAUCAAACCCAGUGUGUGUGAUGCAAUGAUUACGUGCUAGUCGGUGUCUAAGCUCUGCAAGAUUUAAAGUGUUUUAUUUUGAAAAUGUUCAUUUUUAUAUAGUUUUCAUUUUAAAUUGCAUGUUUUAAUAUCAUUACCAUAAGAAGAAUAGGAUUUAUUUAUCUUUUGUUUUGCAACAGCAGAACAGACACGGAGCUGUAGCACCAUUCUCAACAUUUUAAAUCAAAUGGCUACUUCUGAAACAGAGAUGCACGAGGAAACCAAUGUUCUGAAUUGCCCAAUAUGUUAUUUAAAACUGAAAGACCCGAAACAGCUCACGUGCCGGUGUGUGUUCUGUUCUCUCUGCAUUAAGAAGCACUUCCGGUCUCCAACACAAGAACACGCGAAAUGUCCAGCGUGCAAUACACCGUCCGCAAAUCCGCCGGAACUUAAAGACGUAUCCCGUCUCCUUGAAACGUUAUUAAAGACGAACCAAGCAGAGCGAUGUACGUGUGAGUCACCCGGAUGUAAACAGGCUGUGCGGGUCCCAUACAUCUGUGUAAAGUGUCAGUUAUGGCUGUGUCAAAUCUGCCAAAACUCCGUCUGUCCUGGCGUCAUCAAAGACGUGCCAACCAAACCUGUCCAUGAGGGUUGUGCCUCCAAACACGUGGCACCUGAACUGCAUCGUAUUUUGGUGACCAACAAACAUAAGGCGUGUUCUGUCCAUGAGAGAAAGCUUGUCUCCUAUUGCGAGAAAUGUCACGAGUGUGUAUGUGAGAUGUGCAGAUACAACAAUCACCCUCAUCAUGAUCUCGUCGAUAUAGAAAAGAAGGCUGACGUAUACCUCAACAUGUUGCUGGGACAGAGCAAAUCGCUGGGGAAGAAGAUCCAGGAACAUGAAAACGCCCUGUUGAUAUAUCGCAAGAUGGUUGACUUUCCCUCGACUCCUCAGAUCAUCAGCAAGGAACAAUGCAGGCUUGAAAUACAGAGGUGUCUACAGAAGGCUGACAAAUGUGACGGUCUCGUCAAAUCUAUCACCCAAUUGAACAUGUUCGGGUCCAAUGAGGCCAUUUUGAAUAUUGGUUGGGACAUGCAGAAGAACAUAGAGGAGGAACUAAACCUAUUUCCGUUGAAUGACCUCAAGGUCACUGCUGAAUGGUGGCAUGGUAUCGAGAACAUGCUGAAUGCGUCUGAUACAACAGAGCAGAAUACGGAAAUACAAGGUUGUGUGACGUCACAGCCCAAAACGGCUGUCGAGGAAAAAAUGGACGACCAACAGCAGACAGCGAAGUCCGGUAUUUCCGGAACAGUUCCGAAUGAUAGCGGGAAAGAAUCGAGUCCACAUAAAUCACGUGAUGAUGAAACAUCGUCAGCGUUUACUAAAGAAGAAACGAACGAGGUAAUGCGAAUACAAACAAGAGCUGGUGCCUCCAAGACCAUCCCGAACAACGACCACAAGGAAAUGACGGCGAGAAGUUCAGUAACAUUAAAAACAAUAACGUACAAAGAGGUAAGGCAAACAGCUGGUGUUUCCGGAAAUAUUCCUCAUAACGACAACCGGGAAAGGGCAGCAAAUGCUGUAAAAGUACAAUCUUCCACGGUAACAAAACACAACAAAUCGAAGGUAAGGGAUUCCACUAACAUUCCGGACGAGGACCAAAAGACAAAGUCAACAAAAUCAAGAACAGGAAAAAUGAAAGGAAAAUCAUCGGUUACGGUAAAACGGACCAUACAAACGAAAUCUUGUCCAUUGAUGGAAUGGACAAUACAAACGAGGUCUUGUACUUCAAAGACCAAUACUGGUGACGGUCUCGGAGAACAGGGAGGCAGUAAGGCAAAACGGGCACGUACGAUGUCGCAUGGGGAAAAGAACUGCUCCGCGGGAGGCACAGACUGCACAGCAAAGACAAGAAAGGGAUCCAAGGGUACAUUCCAGAGUGUCAGUAUGACGUCCGUAAGACAAGCCAGCUUUACCCUGAGCAACAGUGUAGACGAGGCUACAGCUGUCAUAGCUCAAGUUAUAGGCCAGGACCAAAUAAACCUCGACAUAGUGGACAACGGCCGGGUUGUGGAGGGAAGUGAACUGGUAGGAGACAUACAGCGCCCUCUACAGCUAGUCGUACACAACAGCAACAGACAAGUGUCGGUAAUUCACCAAACGUUGUCUCCAGAUAUAGUGAAUGACUGGGAGGAGGGACCCCGAGUGGAAAUGUCGUGUGGUCACGCGAUUACCCCAGACAACCUGUACGGAUACUGCUGGAGUCAACUCACAAAACAAAGGUCAUCCUUCCGGUGCUUUGCUGACGUCAACGGUCGCAACUGCGACAAAGAAUGGCUUUUCGUAGAAGUAGCCGAAAAAGCAUGUCUGUCACAUGAUGAGCAUUUCCUUUUCGAAUCGCGCAUCAACCGGAACUGGAUAAAUAAUUCGGAAGGCGUGCGAGAAUGUCCCUCCUGUCGCCUUGUUUGUGAACGACAGGAUCCUACAAAUGCGUACGUGAAUUGUUUACAUUGUAAAAGCGCUGGGAAGGGUGAGUUUAGGUUUUGUUGGUAUUGCUUGGAUGGCUGGACAGUAAAACACCAAUGCAAGAAAAGUUCAGUUCACCAGAUGCUCAGUCAUUGCGAAAGAAAAGAAAUUGCAGACAUCAGCGGUUGCCCCUCCAUUCGCGCAUGUCCAGAAUGCAACACCUUGAUAGAGCACACUGAAGGAUGCAAGCACAUGACGUGUGUGGAUUGUUGCUGCACCUUCUGCUUCGUCUGCCUCGGCUUCAGGGGUAACACAGGCUUCGCGUGCGGCUCAUACGACUCAAAAUGCGACGUUGCGCCCAUCCAAACCGUGACGUAAACACACAGCGUGACGACGUGGUAUCGCUCCAAACCGUGACGUAAACACAAAGUGUGACGACGUCGUAUCAAUCAAAAGCGUGACGUAAACACAAAGCGUGACGACGUUGCAUCAAUCAAGAGCGUGACGUAAACACAGAGCGUGACGACGUUGUAUAAAUCAAGAGCGUGAUGUUAACACAAAGGGUGACGUAAACACAAAG